UCACGACGGUGUGCGCCUGUGGCAGACCAAAUAGCGGUACAGCGGCCAUAGGACGUCCAGAGAAAGACAAGACAUGCGCUCUUUCCUUCAGCAAUCAUGCUCUCUUCUGUUUAUCUUACCGUGAGUGUGAAUAUCGUUCCACACGUGAAAGCCAUGGUCAUUUGUAUGUGUCUCCUUUGCGGGCCGUGUCUCUUUUGCGGUGACUCUGUACGAUCGAUGCAUGCGCCACUUGCCGUCCCGUUCACCAUCUGGUGGGCUCGUGUGGCUUGCAGGCGACAGCCGAAGAGCCAUUGGAUAGCCGGUGUCCUGUCGUAUCGCAGCGGGUAUGUCCACAUCAUAGCCUAUGUCGACGUCAACAGUGUACUGGUUCCCCUCUCCGGCUGCCUGCUGUGUUUUUGUGGACUGUGACGAAGCGGAGCUUCGAGCGAUCAACCUCUGUUUGGUCGUGACGCGCGACGGCUUGGUGCCCUUGACUCUGCCUGGCGGCGACUUGACCGCUCUGGGCGGAGCUGUCGCUGUCGAAUGGCCGCGUUCGUACGAAGUCGGUCGUCUCUCGAGCUUCGCGAUUCGUUGCUCCAGCUCUCCCACACGGUCUGUGUCGAUGCUCCUAAGACUCAAAAGCAACGUCUCGAGCUGACGGCAGAAAAAGAUUCAUAUGAUUAAGGGCCAUGUGCAGUUCCCUCCUCUCGUCACCAUUCUGCUGUCUCCAGUCGGCUGAUGGGACAACAGGUCAGGGGGGGUCGGUGCCAACACCGACGUAUGGUCCAUGGCGCACGCUACUGGGUAGCGACUGUAAGGGGAUCGCCGAUCAUCCGCUGGGGCUGCUUUGGAGGUGGGGAUGGAGGGAGCAGGGCUGCUGGAGGGAUGAGAGGACCACGACGCGUCAUCCGUCAGCCUCUCUUGACGCAACUCCGGCCUUUUGCCCCGAACACCUACAGGACCGCUCUUUGCUCGAUUGGCCGCAGUCAUGGCUCGCCUGCCCCCGUCUUUCGUCAUCGGACUGGCGGAUCGGCUCCGCAUAACAGGAACGGCCUUGACUGCCUUGAUGGGAGGCGGCAUAAGUCGCUUCCUGGGCGGCGCUUUGGGCACUCUGAUGCCCCGCUUGGCGUCGGGCCCUUGGUGUGGGGCGGCAAUGAUGUCGCCGGUUUGGUGAGUGUCGUGGGAGGGCCUUGUCCCAACAUCGCCAAAGCUGCUUCGCUCCAUGGGCGAGCUGCCAGGCUGUGUCGUCGUCUGAGAGUCGCGGAAGGCUUUCGUCGGCACGGCCUGUCGAAGCAAUGGAAAAUAUUUAUCUGGGUGGUGCUUGCUGUGGUUGAUUGAUGCACCUGUUGAUGUGACCCGGCUGCUGAUACGGGGGACACCUUUGGGUGGUCCAGCCCAUCCUGUUGCAUACGCAAUGAAGUCCCGUCGACUGUCUCGAUUUCUAUGUGUGUCCCGCCGUGUGGCGUGCGUCCAUCGUGGCUCACGCACCUUGUUUGGCUGCUGCUGGUGGGGCGACUCAGCGGCCUGCCGUGCAGCGAUGCCCUCGGCGAUGGCAGCCAGCUGCCUGAUAGCCGCUUGCAUCUCGAGUACGCAGCCCUUCCACUGUUCAAAUUGCCGCUCCUGCCUCUCCAUGGCAUCCUGGCGCUCCCUCAGCGUGUCGAGGAUCAUGUCACUGCCCGCUGGCAGGGGAGACACGGUGGAGGGAUGCACCGACGGGGCCGACCUGUCUGGGCUGCCUGCCGUCGACGACGGCUGGCGAGACAGAUGCGCCAACUCCAUCAGUACUUGUUGCUGCCAUGCCGCCAUCCUGGCCUCGAUGAUGCGAUUGACCUCCUCACGCUGCCGGGGGGUCUGAACAGAAAAGAGGGGACAUCAUGCAUGGAUCCAUGCGGACGCGUGGCGCGCUUACAAGACUCGAGAGGCAAUCCACAGGUGUCCGGGCCUCGGUUUCUGAUGGUUGUGUCAUCUCCUGCUUAUUGUUAUUGUUCUCUCCCGUCUCGUCGCCGCCCCUGGCUGCCCGCUGCGAGAGACUGGAUGCGCUUGAUGUGGCAGAGGCAGAGCGGAUAGCAGCCGCCGCCGGCAGAUGUGCAUUGUCAUUGUGGGCGUCAGAAGGGAUGAUACGGAUGGUGCAGCGAGGCCGUGGCUCCCUCUCUCUCUCCUUGCUCCCCUCGGUGCGAUCAUAGGAGCUCAAUCGGUCCACAGCUGGAGACGGCAGAGGCUCAGCUCUGAACGGCAGAUGAAGUGGCGUUCCCAUUCCCUGUUGCUCAGCCGGGCCAGUCGUGACAGCUUGUGGUGGUGGGCUGGCUGUUGCCGAAAGAGGUGCCAAAGGACACCGCACAGCUGGCUGGUGUGGCGACAGCACAUGGAGGAGGGAGGAAGAGGACGAAUGGAGCAGUGGUGGGGAGAGGGGUGGCACUGCUGGCUGGUGCAGCACCACGUCGACUGUCAGACCCUGGCGGCCUCUCCUACGGCGCUUGUGCUCGUAGCCGCUGCGGUGGGCUGACGGGGAGGCCUCCCGCCGUCUGCUCGGACGCUCAUCUGUCUUCGAGGAAGGGGAUGGCUCUUUGACUCGUACAUCGCCAUGCUCCGUUGGAUAAACUUGUACAGAAGGCAGGUAAGGGCUGUUCUCAUGUUCGCGCCGUUGUGGAUACCACAUCCUGCUCUUCUCUCGUCUCAAGCUGAUUCCUUUCGACUCGUCAGCCUCCCGCAUUCGCUGCGAUCGGUGACGAGGCGACAGGGACGUAGAAUUGCCAGCCUCCUGUCUCUCGUGCCUGCGCAUAUAAUCUGAGUCACCUCGAUCUGUCCCAGGGCUGCGGUUAUCAGUGUGCCGCCUUCUCUUCCUCGAUCGCUUCAGGUCGCUCGCAUCCCUUGCGGCAACAGCUGCCGCAGGGGGACUCGACGACCGUCGUCUGCGAUCAUGUGAAGGCACUGGCUGUCUGCUGGCUCUCCGCCCUCGGUUUCUUUGAUCCCUCCCAUUGCGAUGCCGACUUGCCGCAGCAGCCCCCUGAUGCUCUUCCAAGCUCUCAAUCGCCGACUCAAAUGAGUCUUUCGGCCUCAGGUUAGGGAAGCAGCGGCUUCUCCUGGCCUGGCUUUGUAUUGUCUGAUGGUCGUCCGAGUGGCGGAUCCGCCCCAUCGGCGACCUGGAUGAGUUGCUGCCUUCAUCAUCCACUUCAGCUUCCGCUGUGCUGACGUGUGUGGCGGCCGAAUCAGCUGUGGACGAGAAGUUGCCGUCGCGGCGGUCGUGCGCAUUCCCUCUGUCUGAACUCCCCUCGUCAUCUUCAUGAUGGUACCUCUCCAUCUCUUCCUCUCUGCGAUCGCGAGCCGGACUGAAUUGUGGCAUUGGAAAGAAGCCAUCCGAGUCCCAGUCUUCCUCGAAUUCAGUGUCCCGGUCUGACGAGACAUAGCUUUUCCUCAUGUCGCCCAUUUUGGCGUACUUCUUGUCUAGUGCGUCUUGGUCGUCGAACUCAUACAGCUCCCAGUUCGUGCAAAAGGAUGCGUCCUCCUCGCGUCGAAAAGGCACGGCUGCCGCUGCCGCUGCUGCAGCUGCAGCUGCAGCUGCAUUUGGCGAUGGUGCCCGUUUCUCUUUCUCCUUUCUGCGGUGACCAGUCCCGUCUCUCGCGUCCUUGCCCCUUCCCGCCCUAUCAUCCUUCCUCCUGUCCCUGGUCCGAUCCAACAUGCCGUCUCCAUCGCUGUGUCUCCGGCCGGUGUCUUUCUCCUCUUCCAUCUGACGCGACUUGGGGGAGGUCCGUCUGCCACGACUGCAACGAACCUGCCUGUGGUCGUCGUUGUCUUCCCUUUCUUCCCGACUCGCUCGUGUGGAGCCCCUUCGCGUCGGCUGCUGGUGUCUCCGGCCGGCAGGAUCAAGAGAUACCUCAUUUGCCGGUGCUCGUGCUUGCUUUGGCGUGCUAAGGCUGGAUGGGGCCACAUCGGCUUCUCUGGUGGCCGGCACAGUAACGGAGGACCGCUUUCUCGCAACAUGUGUUGGCCCUGGUGGCUGAACCCGCUCCUCCGAGGGUGAGAAGCAAAGGCGCAGAUCUCGCGAGCCAAUCAGAUUGCCCGCCGAGAGGUGGGUCCUAAAUCGCUGCGCCUCUGAUUUGGCGAGAUUGAGCUCUUCAGAAGGCUCCCCGUUAGUCUGCUGCGAGUAGGAUAAUUGGUCGAUGGCGGGUUGCGCUGGGUGGACCUUGGUGCGAAAGCCGCUGCUGCGCCUUCUUGCCCAUGCCAGCUGCUCUGAUGGCAGGGCAAGCGAGGCAGGGGGCGGUGCACUGCUUCGCCGAUGCCCCAUGCCCUUGGCGUCCCUGAGUUGCUGCGAUGAAGCGAUUGGGGCGUCCAAAUGUCCCAAAUCCAACGUAGGUGCUGGUGUUUUGCUGAACGAGGGCAUGUCUGGCUCGCUAGACCGGUGACUGGCGAAUAGCUGGAACGUGUCGCCUGUCCUCAAAGGCGCAAGCACGUGCAUGUCGGGUCGCAUGUCGGGAGUUGACCGGCGCCGGUAUGCCUCAUCGUCUGGAAAGAAAUCGCCGGCCGCCCAGCCAUCCGAUGGAUGCGUGACAACAAGUGGCACAGCGAACGACUGCGGUCGGUCAGCUCUCGCUGGCAAGUCGUCCUUGAAGCUGAUAAACUGCGGUCUGUCCCUUUCCUCGUCCUUGCUCUUCAUGUGUGGCGGUAUGUCUCCCUCACUGCCCUGACGAUCGAAUGUCAUCGAUCGGCUGGAGAUCGAGUCCGAUGGCUGCGACUUGAAGGACAGAAUGGGGGCAAUGGCGUUGUCGGAAGUCGCAUUCUCCAUCGUAUCAGCUAGCAUAGGCUUCAUGUCUCUGUCCUUGGGCAUGGUUGGGCUGAGGGGCACUGGAGGAGACGGAAAAAACGGCGUGAUGGCACGAUCACUGCCGUUUUCGAUGUCCAGCCGUUUCGCCGUCUCAAGCCGAUGAAUCUGGAGUCGAACGUUGAGUGCUUCGCAGAGGGACGAGAGCGCGGCCGCCUCAUCAGCUGUGCCAUCUUCCACUGUCACUUCCAGCUCCUCGAGGGGCGGCGUGGAGGAAGCGGCAGUGCUCGUUGUACUCGCUGCUCUUCUGGGCACGGCACAUCAGACACCAACAGGAGAAAAAAGUAGCAGGAAUAUAAUUUGCUGCGUCUGCUGAGCUCUUCUUUGACCUUUGCAGCCCUUCGAUGAUGGACCGCAAGCCAUCUCUUGACAGCACAUUCCCUCUCAACCGGAGGCAUCUGCAGGGGCCAAGCUACAGCAAGAGUUUGAAACACAUGUACGUAAGAUACCUGAGGGGACAUGCGACAUCGGAAAUGCCACCCAGUUGACGUUCUUUCUGGUGAUGUCCGAUGGGGGUGCCUUGAUCCCCCCCAUGUCGUCCGCAAAGAGCAGCAAUUCCUUGAUCCGUGAUGCUGGGGGCACAUGUAUCGAUCACACUUUGCUGCACAGUCGCCAUGUCUCCGUUUUACGUACGCAUUGUUUGUGAGGUCCAGCUCCUCAAGACCAGAACCACAUAGAGCUGCAGCCAAAGCUUCAGCACCUGCAU